AGAGAUGUUUGUUGCUCCACCUCAACGUCUCAGAUUGUGAUCUCACCAUGUUCAUCUACUCUGACUUCGCAGCCCUGGUGCUUGUGCUUACUUUUAAUAGUCAAGCCCAUGCAGGUAGAAUCAUUGGUGGCCAUGAGGCUGCAGCUCACAGCAAGCCGUACAUGGCGCUUUUGACUUGCCACAGUGCCAAUGGUAACACAUCAUACUGUGGUGGGUUCCUGGUGAGUGAAUAUUUUGUGAUGACUGCUGCCCACUGCAAAGCCAAGACUUAUGAAGUUUGUCUUGGGGUGCACGAUUUCGCCAGCCAAAAUAAGUUAUGUUUGUCUGUGGAGCAAGAUUUUCCACAUGAGAAAUACGAGAACACAAAUUACACAAAUGACAUCAUGCUUUUGAAGUUGUCUACCAAAGUUGUUUUCGACAAGAAUGUGCAGCCUAUUGUCCUGGCAGACGUGUGUGACAACAAAUCGCCCAAAAAGUGUCUAGUAUCUGGUUGGGGUACGAUGAACGAGCACAAUAAAGACAUGUCUUAUAAACUCAGAGAAGUCAACGUGACGCUCACUCAUGAUGAUCUCUGUCCUGAGAAAAAUGUGUACUGCUCUAAAGGGGAGAAGGGACCGGGUGAGGGAGACUCUGGUGGUCCGUUAGUCUGUGAAGAUGGAAAAGCCUUUGGAUUGAUCUCAGCAAAACAUCCUUGUCUUAAACUAACCACGUACACCAAGAUACCCGACUACAGAGAAUGGAUUGAUGAGAUUAUGAAACAUAAGUGAUUAAAUACUGUUCAGCUUUUUUUCCAACAACAUAAGACUGAAUUCAAAUGAAUGACCGUUUUGUGUAGCUUCUUGCUAAUUGGAAUAAGAAGAUAGUUUUUUUUUUUUAAUUUUGCUUGUGUUCCUUAACAAAAUCAAGCUUUUUGUUUUUUUUUCUCUACAGCAUACUAUUAAAUAGCCAAGCAAUAUGACGCCUUUUGACCUGUUGCAUCAUUUAGUUUCAUAAAAAUGAUUCAGUGCUCUGAUGGGUUUCCUUACAUAGAAACUUUUAAUCUACUUUCAAAAUUAAAACUGAAGAGUUUUUCUUUACCUGUAAUGACCUGGACAAAC